AUGGCAGCUGGUCUCCCUCGCCAUCGUUGUCUUAACAGGCACCCUUGGUCCUCCCCUUUCCAGGUCUUCCUCCCAACGACUACGACCUCAACGUCGAGCCCGACCCGAACAUUCGCCAGCACGACUGACGACCUACCUACCCCCACUACCAAGCCCCGAGUUCGAGCCACCAGCUUCGCCGACAAGCUCAGUGCCGGUCCUUCUCUCUCGGACUUCAUCUCGAGGAACGAACCUCCUCUAGAUCCUUCCGAGGCAUACGCUUUGAAGACCGCCCUGGUGGGCCCCAAGGGGAAAAAGAAAGAGAUUACCCGUCUUCCACCCUGGCUCAAGACUCCCAUCCCGGACAGUUCAUCUUAUAACAAGAUCAAAAAUGACCUCCGUGGCCUGAAUCUACACACAGUCUGUGAAGAGGCCCGAUGUCCCAACAUAUCCGACUGCUGGGGCGGAAGCAGUAAAUCAGCCGCUACUGCAACAAUCAUGCUGAAUGGUGAUACCUGUACACGAGGCUGUCGGUUUUGUAGUGUGAAAACGUCCAAGACACCUCCGCCUCUGGAUCCGCAUGAGCCUGAACAUACAGCGGAAGCACUAUCACGAUGGGGCUUGGGAUAUGUGGUCCUAACGAGUGUGGAUCGUGAUGAUUUAUCAGAUGGCGGAGCCCACCACUUUGCCGAGACAGUGCGCAAGAUCAAAUCGAAGGCUCCCUCUAUUCUUGUCGAGUCCCUCACGGGCGAUUAUGCCGGAGAUCUGGAAAUGGUUAAAUUGGUCGCCACCUCAGGAUUAGAUGUGUAUGCGCACAACGUGGAGACUGUCGAGGCAUUGACGCCUCAAGUUCGAGACCGUCGGGCGACCUUCCGACAAUCUCUCAGUGUCCUAAAGGCAGCCAAAGCAGCGAAACCCGGCCUCAUCACCAAAACGUCCAUCAUGCUCGGCUUAGGCGAAACCGAGGAGCAAAUCUGGGCUGCGCUGCGCGAUUUACGCGCCAUAGAUGUUGACGUUGUCACGUUCGGACAGUACAUGCGCCCUACGAAGCGACAUAUGGCUGUUCAUGAAUACGUGACGCCAGAUGUCUUUGAGCAGUGGAGAGUACGGGCUCUUGAGAUGGGUUUCCUCUACGUCGCGAGUGGGCCCUUGGUCCGCAGCAGUUACAAAGCCGGAGAGGCAUUCAUUGAAAAUGUUUUGAACAAGAGGCGUGCAGGACGUGCCGAAACGGCCAGUGCCGAUAUUGUAGGCGAUAUUCCUAUGAAGAAUGUGGAGGUUGGGAAGUCUUGA